AUGUCAUAUCGGGCGUACUGGUUCGUUGCGGGGAGUUGUUGGUGCGGUCGGGGGGCGGCCCGGCGUACGCUGAUCCGCGCGACGUACCGGGCACACCGCGCCAGGGCAGACGCGGAGGAUGUCGUCGAGACGUCGGCGUCUCCACGGAGUCGAAACCCCGUCUCCCAAGUGCGGAGGAGGGCAGGGUUCUGUCGUCCUCCUCAUGGCGACCCCGCGCUGCUGAUGGACCACCUCGACGGCCGAGGUAUCUCUCCGCGUCACGUCGGUCGCGGCCGUCCACGCCCAGGGGCCCGAGGCCUGUGGUAUGUCAAGGGCAAGUCACAAGAUGCCAUCACCAACAUAACAGACGAACCUGUGGCCGUUUCCUUUCUCGACAAGGCAUGCCGGCCGGCACUGGCGGAGUUCGAACCAUGGCUGGGAGCGGGAGCGUCGCCUCGCACCCGAUUGAAUCAAGUCGCGAUCUGUCCAUCGAACCAGCUGGCCACAUUUGGCAGCGCGUCCGGAACGCUGUCUGCUCUUCUCGGCGCACAAAGAUCCAUCGCAAUCACCCUCGCCGAAAACGAAAAUGAAUCAUCCCACCCCGUCUAUUCCUAUUACGACCACUCCCGCCCCCAGGCGCUCAGCGCGCCUCAGGGCGACGACGACGACGACUCCACUGUCUCCCGCAUCGACGAAGACCAAACCGUCCAAGACGGCCCCGAGCCAUGCCACCGACCGCGUCUCGACGAGGCGCCGCGCGUCGACACGUGCCACACCAACCCCGACGACGAGCGUGAACGACAACGCCGCCACACGCCCGAAGAACAAGAAGCGCCGCGUAAGCAUCCGUGUCCUCAUCCCGCUGUCAACCGUCUCCUCAGCACCGCUCUUCUCCUUUGUGGCGUGCAGGUCCCGCCAUGCGACGACGGCUGCGGUUCGACUGAGAGGGGAGACGCGUCGGGGUCAUCCGACGCCACCGUCGGUGUCGACUCUCCCGAUGGCGCGACCGUCCAGACGGCCAUCCCCGUCCUCCCCGACCCGCACGCCCCAGCCACGCCUCCCGCGAACGAGCGCGAAAGCGACGAUGCGCGGGUACCCCACGCCCACGACGUACAGGAACCCCAGUGCCACGACGCACAAGUGCCCCAAGCCGACGACGUACCGGCACCGCAGCCCGACGACGUCCAGGCACCCCUGUGCCACGACGCACAAGCACCCCUGCUCGCCGCCGUACCAACACCCCAGCCCGCCGCCGUACCAACACCCCAGCCUUCCCCCGAACCAAUCCCAGCAUCCCAAUACCGCGCGAACAAGCGGCGGCGCGCGCCCGAGCAGCAAGCACCCCGCGGGCACAAGCGCAGGCGCCUCCUGGCGCCCUCCGAGCGCUUCGAGUUCGAGUUCGAGGUCGAGGUCGAGGUGCCCCAGCUGCGGCGGAGCGGUGCCCGCGACGACGCAGAUCCCCUGACCGAGGACGACGCGGCGCCCGUACCCGGCGGCGUCGACGCUGGGCUGGGACGAGGCGGGGGCGUGGAGGUUGGGCGGGUAGACGACAGCCCGGAAACUGGAUUCGGAGACGACCACAGCCUGGACACUGGGCCGGUAGAAAUCCCCAUCCCGCAGACCGACCUCGUCAAAGUCCCCAUCCCGGAAACCGACCUCGAAGACGACGCCAGCCCGGAGACCGACCUCGUAGACGCCCACCCGGAAAUUGGUUUCGUAGACGACGCCAGCCUGGACACUGGGCUGGUAGAGAUCCCCAUCCCGGAGACUGACCUCGUAGCAAUCCCCAUCCUCGUUGAAGUCCCCAGCCCGGAGGCCGACCUCGUAGAAGUCCCUAUCCCGGAAACCGACCUCGUAGAAAUCCCCAUCCCUAUCCCGGAAACCGACCUCGUAGAAGUUCCCAUCCCCGCGCCGGCGCGCGCGCACCGCCGGGAGGCGCCGCUGUGGAAGAGCGGCCGCGCGGUACGGGUACGCGACGAUCCAGGCGGUGGUCGCCGCGCAGGCACGGGCGUUCUCGCGGCCUGCCUCGCCGUCGCCGUCCUCCGGGUCGAUGUUCCCUCUGGCGCGCGCGGAUACCGCGGGUGA